AGUUUAAAAAAGCUGUUUAAUUAACCCAUGCAACCAAUCAAUAAAGAGCGUUUGUAGAUGAAAUUAAAAUUUAAACUAGCGAAUAAAUGCUUGGAUGAUUUUAAGAACUAAGCAAGGGAAAUGCCGAAACUACGUCUCGUGAAGUCCCCGAGGACGGGCUGGACAGCGUCAUGAAGGUCAUUGAAAGGGGGAGAGUAAUAAACCACGUGAAAAGAUGUCAGUAAUGAAAUUGUAUUAAUAACGGGCGCUGGAAGUGGACUUGGUCGUUUAAUGGCUUUACGUUUCGCGUCUCUUGGUUCUACUGUCGUCUGUGUUGAUAUCAAUACACAGGCGAACGAAUCAACUGCAAACCAAAUUAAAUCAGAAGACGGAAAAGCAUUCGCUUUCACUUGUGACUGCAGCAGUCGAGAGGAUAUUUAUAGAGUUGCAGAAGAUAUAAAGGCGAGUGUUGGUGAUGUUACGAUACUGGUAAAUAACGCAGGAAUUGUUAGUGGAAAGAAAUUCAUGGAUUGCUCAGACGGUUUAAUUGAAAAAACAUUCGAGGUUAACACAUUGGCCCAUUAUUGGACAACCAAGGCAUUUCUACCAGCUAUGUUUGAGAAAAACAGUGGUCACAUUGUAAGCAUUGCAUCUUCAGCAGGAUUAUUUGGUGUGACUGGACUUUGUGACUAUUGUAGUUCAAAGUUUGGUGCAUAUGGUUUUAAUGAAUCACUUCAAAUGGAGCUUGCUGCAGCAGGAAAAAAUGGCAUUGCGACAACUGUAGUGUGUCCAUUUUUCAUCAAUACUGGGAUGUUUGAUGGAGUCCAGACAAGAUUUCCACUGCUGUUACCCAUACUUGAACCUGACUAUGCUGUGAAUAAGAUUAUGAGUGCCAUACUUAGCAACCAGCGUGUAUUGCUGAUGCCAAGAAUUCUUUAUCUUCUCCUAAUUUUGAAGAGUUUUUUGCCCCAGGUCACCUACAUUACUUUAUCAGACUUCUUUGGUGCCAGCAACACCAUGGAUCACUUCAAAGGUAGAGCUGGUAAAAAAUCUGAUUAAUAAGCAUUGGAACAUUCUCAUUCUUUAUUCAUUUAAAUCCUUUUAAUCGUAAAAAUUAAGAAGGUAGUCAUUUCAAAAUAAUCCAUGGCAAUUAUUGUCAUGCAACAGAACAACUUGUUGUCUUAAGUGAAACUUCUUGUUAAGUAAACUGCUUAUGAUGAUUUUAUAAUCAAUUUUCAACAAUUUUAGUUCAGGAGACUAUGUUAUUUUAAUAAAACAUGAUUGCAUUUGAACUUUUUAUAAUUUUGUAAGAGUAUCUUGAAGGGAUGAAUGCUGUAAACAUAAUUUUUGUGUGGGAAAACUUUAGGGUUUGUUUCAAGAAUUAUCAGUCAAUUUUAAAUGAAAUAUUACUUUUUAUUUGAAUUUUAACUACCAAUAACGUAAUUUAUACAAUAACCAAA